UGUAGGAAGUGACGUUUGGUCGACUCGUUAUUGUCCAAGAAGAUGCAAUGACCAAAGCGUUUUGCUUUUUUCCUUCUGCAAAAGAAAGUUGUUAACAUCAUGCCGAAAUUCAAGCAGAGGUUAUGAAAGGUAGCUAUGGGAAACACGAAAAGUCAGCUCACAAAGUCAGAAUUGCAAGAUUAUAAGGAGUUAACUUAUCUUACUGAGAAAGAAAUCCAAUAUGCUUUUAAGAAGUUCAAGAACUUGGAUGUGAGGGUUUUAAAUAAAAAUAAAUUUGCCAGAAUAUCUACUGACUUAAUCAAAGGAAUGCCCGAGUUUGAAAAUAAUCCUUUUGCGGAUAGGAUAUGCCGAAUCUUUUCUUCUGAAAAUGAUGGACGAUGGUCUUUUGAUGAUUUUUUAGACAUGGUUUCAGUUUUCAAUGAAAACACUCCUGCAGAGGAAAAAGCAAUGUAUGCUUUCUAUGUGUACGAUUUUGAUGAAGAUGGAUUCUUGUCCACAGACGACCUCACAAUUCUUUUUUCGCGCCUUGCGGGAGGCGAAAAAAUAGAAGAACGCGACAUGCGGCAAGUACUCAGCAGGAUUCUGGAAGAGGCUGAUCUGGAUAGAGAUGGCAUGUUAUCUCCAGCGGAGUUUAAGCACAGUCUGAUGAAGUGUCCUGACUUUGCAAAAAGUUUCACUCUUAGAAUCUAACAUAAGAAAUGGAGAGAAAAAAGAAUUUCAAGAACUCAGAAAGGAACCCUGAACCUUUUUAGGAAGAAGGUGAUGCCAUUGUUAUUUGAAUUGUGAUCUGGGG